AGUCCCGUGUGGUUCUUGAAGCACGUAGUUGUCGGUCGCGACACUACCUUCUCGUUACCGACUGCAUCGCCGACACAACCGACCGAACAUUCGGUCGAUACUAGCUCCAGCACCCCUGCAUUAGAGGUUGUUUUAGUGUUGUGUUCGGCACUUAGAGCUACCUCUAGCGUAUCAGCGGCGUGCAUACAAGCCAGCCUGAGUGACACCGUGAGGGAGCCAUCGACGAAAAGGCACAAGGGGACUGGAAAGGUGGCCAAAGAGGAGGAUUUCUGGUCAAAAAUUGACCAGUGGUUUGUAAGCAAGGUGCAGCUCUGGGGAAACAACUACAAGGAUCCCAGAUGGGGGAAAUACAUCACCGAAACAGUUCAGCUAAACCUUUGCAUAUUCCAAGAAGGACCUGGUACACUGAUGCAGCACCUGCCCAAUAGGCUGCGAUUGUUCCAUGUCAAGGAGCAUUCAAGAGGUGUUGCAGGACCUAGCCGCGGUGUCACACCCCAUGCCGUGGCUGCCUCUCCUGGUGUAGGGCCUUUGAGCUCUGACACCCAAUACCAAUACUUCUGGACUGCCAAUGUGGACUGCUUGGUGACUUGGGGUGUUCUAUCUGCAUGUCAACCUUGGGCUUUUGCAAGAUCCGCAGGGAGUGUGAAAGACGGGCUGUACCAUCUCACAUUUUGUUUCACAGGUGUUGCCAUGCAUGGGGUUGGGAGUGAUUGUGACUUGGGAGGCGGACCAGGUUUUAUAGCAUGUCGAUCGUAUGAGAACAUCUAUCGGCGCCGUCCUUGCGCGAUUGGUGGAGACUAUGAGUUCUAG